UCAGUCCAUUACUAUGAGUGAGCAGUGACCAAUAGAAAGGGAAGAAGAAGAUCCAAGAGCUGAGGUAAGCGGUGUUCUGAGGCUCUGUCAAAGUGGAAACAAUAGAUCAAAGGUGUUCAUGGUGGCUGGUCAGAGGAGGUUGUUUUUUUUCUCACAGGAGGCUUGACAGCAUAAAAUAAAAACAAAUUCCCUUAGUUAAAGUUUUCUUUUUUUUCCUUAACUGAUUUUAGCAAACUUCAGCUCCAGACACAGGACUCAAGCGAUACAUUCCUGGACAGCAAGAUACUAUAAUGGCAACCACAAUCUGCUUCAUCAUCUGGGUGUUAUUCGUAACAGAUACGGUGUGGACUCGAACUGUGAGACAGGUUUAUGAGGCAAGUGAUCCAGAGGACUGGACAAUGUAUGAUUUCGAUUGUCCCAGGGAAUGUUUCUGUCCCCCCAGUUUCCCUACUGCUUUGUACUGUGAAAACCGAGGUCUCAAAGAAAUCCCUGCUAUACCAUCAAGGAUCCGGUACCUUUAUCUUGAAAACAACCUGAUAGAAACCAUUCCUGAGAAGCCAUUUGAGAAUGCCACCCAGCUGAGAUGGAUAAACCUAAACAAGAACAAAAUAACCAACUAUGGAAUUGAAAAGGGAGCCCUGAGCCAACUGAAGAAGCUGCUUUUCUUGUUUCUGGAAGAUAAUGAGCUAGAGGAGGUACCUUCUCCAUUGCCAAGAAGCUUAGAACAAUUACAAUUAGCUAGAAACAAGGUGUCCAGAAUUCCCCAAGGGACUUUCAGCAAUCUGGAGAACCUGACCCUUCUUGACCUGCAGCACAAUAAGCUAUUAGACAAUGCCUUUCAAAGAGACACCUUUAAGGGACUCAAGAACCUCAUGCAGCUAAACAUGGCUAAGAAUGCCCUGAGGAAUAUGCCACCAAGAUUACCGGCCAAUACAAUGCAGCUGUUCUUAGACAACAAUUCCAUUGAAGGAAUACCAGAAAAUUAUUUUAAUGUGAUUCCUAAAGUGGCCUUCCUGAGACUCAACCACAACAAAUUAUCUGAUGCUGGCCUUCCUUCUAGUGGUUUUAAUGUAUCAUCAAUUCUAGAUCUUCAACUGUCUCACAAUCAACUCACAAAGGUCCCCAAAAUCAGUGCUCAUCUGCAGCACCUUCAUCUCGAUCACAACAAAAUUAGAAAUGUGAACGUUUCUGUAAUAUGUCCUUCAACUCCUACCACACUGCCUGUGGAAGAUUCCUUCAGUUAUGGACCUCAUCUUCGCUACCUCCGUCUGGAUGGAAAUGAAAUCAAACCACCAAUCCCUAUGGAUUUAAUGACCUGCUUCAGGCUCCUUCAGGCUGUCAUUAUUUAAAUGUGUCUUCAAUAAUCUAAAAUUCAUUUAAUAAGUACAGAUUUCUGACAUGAAAUUUGGUUACCAUUCAUAGGUAUCAGAUAAAAAUCACUUUUCUAACUGCUUACCUGGCCACUAUUUUUAUUUGUACAACGUAUUUUUUCUAAUCGAAGUUGCUUUUCCCCGUAUAUAGCACUGCCUGCUUUUCUUUAAUAAAACAAGACACAGAGUCAUGAUAGUUUAUCAACUCAAAGAUAGUUCCUUUUUGUCUCUCUCACAGCGUACUAAUGCCAAUUAAUGCAAAUACAUUGUUAUGCAAUAGAAAUGAUGUAUUUGUUUGCAAAUGUUCAAAAUUGCUUAUGCAGAUACUAUAAUCAUGAUACAACGCAACAAUCUAACGAGGUAGAAAUUUCUAGAGAAAGAGAAAAAAAUGAGAUAUUUCUUUAUCAUAAUUAUAAAGAAAUAGAUUCAUAUUGUUAAGUAGCUUUUGUAAGUAUCAUUUUUAUAUUUAGCUCAAGAAUUGUUAUGAAAUGCAUCAAAUACUUUAUAGCAAGAAGAUUUUAGCUAUUUAAUACUAAAUAACAAAGCAAUAGGAAUUUUUAGUUCAUUAUUAUUUCUUAUACCUGCUGUGCUUAGGUAUAGUAUAGCAUACUCUUGAAGUUAAAGUCCUACAUUUAUUUUAAUGCAUUUCUGAGAGAAUUUUAGUGUUUUAACACUUGAAAUCCACUUAAUUGCAAAUCCUUCAGUUCUUUUAUUUGCCAGUGUUUUUUUGGAUUUUUUAAAUAAAAAGAAUGAAUGCUUUCUAACAAAA